AUGGCAUUUUGGUCCAGCACUUCGGUUUUUACGUCUAAAGUGCCCCGGAAAAUCUUAUUCAUGUUCACCCUCUCCCUCUCUGUCACCUACUUGUUCUACAGCUUGAUGAGCUGCUACAACUCGCUGCAGUUCCCCCUGCAAGAGAACUACGCGUAUCAGGGGAGGCUGGUGACGGAGGAGACAACUUUUGUGACAUUGAGGGAGAAACUUUACUCCGCUUCCCAGGGCUUUACCGAGUUCACCGAAGCCGAGGGGACCACGGCGGUGACCGGAGCGAGGGAGCAUGCUGAAGCCGAGCAGAGGACCGUGGAGUGGAUUAGGACUCAGGCGUCUCCGACCAAAUCUGCGGCGGCGGCGAUUUAUCACACCAGCGCGCAGGAGAGGGAGCACCAGGAAUUCAGCACCACGGACAGCGAACUCAGGGUGAACUGCACCAUGGAUUACGGAGUUAAGAAACUUCCCCAAGCCAUCAUCAUCGGGGUGAAGAAAGGGGGGACACGAGCCCUGCUGGAGGCUCUCAGGGUGCACCCCGACGUCAGAGCCGUGGGGAACGAGCCCCAUUUCUUUGACAGGAACUACGAGAAGGGGCUGGACUGGUACCGAGACCUGAUGCCUUCAACGCUGGAGGGGCAGAUCACCAUGGAGAAGACACCCAGCUACUUUGUGACUAACCAUGCCCCGAAGCGCAUCCACACCAUGGCCAGGGACAUCAAGCUUAUUAUCGUGGUGCGUAAUCCUGUCACCAGAGCCAUUUCAGACUACACGCAGACUUUGUCCAAGAAGCCUGAGAUCCCCACCUUUGAGGUUCUGGCUUUCAAGAACCGGACGCUUGGUUUAAUCGACGCCUCGUGGAGUGCGUUACGUAUCGGAAUAUAUGCGCUCCACUUAGAGAGCUGGAUGCAGUAUUUCCCUCUUUCCCAAAUGCACUUUGUGAGCGGUGAGAGGCUCAUCGUGGAUCCCGCUGGCGAGAUGGCCAAAGUGCAGGACUUCUUAGGCCUCAAGCGCAUUGUCACAGACAAACACUUUUACUUCAAUAAGACUAAAGGAUUUCCUUGUUUGAAGAAGCCAGAGGACAGCAGCACCCCCAGAUGCCUGGGAAAAUCGAAAGGGAGAACUCACCCUAAAAUCGACCCGGAUGUGAUUCGCCGGCUGCACAAGUUCUACAAACCCUUUAACAUGAUGUUUUACCAAAUGACCGGCCAGAACUUUGAAUGGGAGCUGGAGGAGGACAGUGAAUCACGCAGCUCUCAGGACUAAGCAGACUGCGGCAUGGCAAACGGCUUUAGCCACACCACCAGCCUUCAAAAUAAAACUAUUGUCUCGCUCCGUCUACAGAGAGAGUGCUCGAGCACGCCAAUCAAUCAUGGCCGUCUUUGCAGUGUCUGUAUCCAUUAGCAAGAGUUUACUGACAUGCUUUUUCUCUCCCUUCAAUACUAAUGUGGUUGAUGAUGGCGAAUCAUUAUUGUACAUACCAAACAUAAAAUAUAUUUAUAUUUGUGAAAAGGAGAUGAUUUAUUCAUUUUGUUUUCAAUGCAUAGAGCUGAUCUAAAAAUCCUGUCGACUAUGGCAAUGCAUGCGAUGAGUUAAGUGUCCUUACCUCAUGAGCCCUAAGGGCAAUCUCUGCCUGUUUCUUC